AUGUAUCAAGAAUAGACAUGUUAAAGACACCAAAAGGCUAAAGAGUAUUUUUGCAUAGAGAAAUCUAACUAAUCUAAUAUAUCAUUCCUCUGUUAAGAUUGCUUAAAUGAGGCAAAUUUUCAGAAAAAAUAAGAUCAAGGAAAGGUCUUUAAAUUUGAUAAUCUUCUGAAACAAGUAGAUGAAUUUAGCGGAAAAAUUAAGACUCAAUCUAGUGAUCUAAACCAUUUAAUGAAGAAAUUUGAAUAGAUGAAAGAAAAAAUUGAAAGGUAUUAUAAUUCAAUAAUAUUUUAGAUAAUUAGAUGCAGAAAAUGAUCUUUUUUAUAAACUUUAAAAAGGAAUUAGAGAUUUAUAACAUUUCUGCAAUCACAAAGCUUUUCCUGAAUUUUCAGAAAAUUCUUCUUUUUAAAAAGCAAUUUUAAAUGAAGAAAGAGAAGAUGGUUGGACCAACUUUAGUUAACAAAUGUAAAAUGAAUUUAAGUAAUUUAUAACGAAUUUGGAUAAUUUCAUUAAUAGUUAAGAACAUAGAUUUAAUUCUGUGCCCUACGUUAAGCAGUAAAACAAAAAUGAUUUUGAAGAAUAGAUUUAAAACAAUUAACAAACAAAACAAAUAUUCAAACUCAAAAAAAUGGAAGAAAAAUAAAUUAAAUUUGGUACAAUUAAGGAUUUUUUUCAAUAAGUGAGUCUAGAAAUAGAGAAAGAAUAAUAAAAUAAAAGUUUUGAAUAAGAUGGAUAACCUUAAAAAAAUCAAAAAAUAUCCACUACAUAAUAAUUUCAACCAAUUCAACCAAUUCAACCAUAAUAAUAAUAAUAAGAGCCUUGGAACUAAUAAGCUGCUACUUAAGAUAAUCUUUAAUAGCAGACUUCAAACUAAAGUAUAUUCCAUGAGUAAAUCAUAUAUAGAGAAAAAAUAAGGCAUAUCUUAGUUAUCAACAAAAAUGAGCAAAUAGUGGCAUCUAAAAAUGAAGUUCGGCUAUGUAAGAACCUCAAGAGUAAAGAUAAGAUAGCCAUUAUUUAAAUUAGAAUAGAUAAAGAUAUUUUGGAUAUUCAACUUUCUCAUCCUGAAACAAUCCUUAUUCGCACUAAAGAAAAUCAUUUAUACUGUUAUUCUUUAUAACUACAAAAACUAAAUAUGUUUGACAUUGAAUUAAGGAAAAAUAAAUUUGAGUUUUAUUCUGGUAUCCUUUAUAGAUACGAUAAUCAAACCAAUGAAUUGAUAAAGUAAAGAUUAGGAAGUAAUUAGCAGCCAUUUUUUAAAAAAUAUAUCAAACUUUUAAAUGAUAUGAAAGUUGUUGCUAUUAAAAUAGUAGAUGAGUAAUUACAUGUUGGAUUUAGUAAUGGAAAAGUAAGACAUUAUAAACUUUCAAAUUUUGAUUAAUAAUAAGAGUAUGAUAUCCCAAAGUAGGAAGAAGAAUAAUUUAGAUUGUUUUAUUUUGAAUCAGAGUAUUGCAUUGGAGUUCAAAAAAAAGCAGUAUACAAAAAAGUCUAUAAACCUCAAAUUCACAUCAAUGAUGAUAGAUUUACGACAGAAGAAAUAAUAACAUAGUGUUCAUAUUUGAUAGACCACUAGAACAGAGAAAUAGAAAUUGAAUGCUUAUUAAAAAAUCAUGUAAUUUUCAUUCUUAUUUUUAGAGAGUCUUCAUUUAUAAGAAAAAAGACGAUGUGCAAUAUCGAGAUAAAUUUUUAAAAAACAUCGAGAUCUCUUGUAUACAGGCUUGCCCUAAAUUAAAAUAAUUUUACUAUGGAUACAUCGAAGGGGAUUUCAAAUGUGUAAAGCAAAGAAUUUGAGCGUAUUAAAUAAAAAUGAAGCAAAUUAAUA